GCUUUAUUCUGAAAGGGCUCCUUGCGGAUGUUAGCUUUAGCGCUGUUAGCGGUGCCGUUUUUAUGUUGACAUUAGCCCAGUUAGCUCGCUACAGGGCUAGUCACAUAACACAGCCGAUAAACCUGCUUUAAAACCGCUCCGUGACCACCGAGUGUCCACACGGAGUGAAAGCGUUGUGUGCGUUAUGACUCGUCUAUUUCUGGGGAGCAGGUUCUGGUUGUGUUCAUAGCAGGGGCCCUGGAGAGAAGGCUUGCCUGGGAAACAUGGACACCACGGGGAUUGAAGAUUUGUUUGACUUCCAUCGGUUUCCCAAAGAUGGACUCCUCCUCCUGUUGCUGCUGAUAUAUUUUCCUGUUGGCAUUUGUUUAAUGCUAAUAAGGAUUUUUAUCGGUGUUCAUGUAUUCUUAGUCAGCUGUGCCCUUCCUGAAAGUUUUGUCAGAAGGUUUGCUGUGCGGGUAAUGUGCUCUGUUUUGGGGAUGCAUGUGAGACAGAAGAAUCCUCGCUCCAGAGACAAAACCAUCAAGCUCUACAUAUGCAAUCAUGUGACAAAGUUCGACCACAAUAUCAUCAACCUCCUGACCUCCUGCAGCACGCCUCAACUGCAGGGGUCCACAGGCUUCAUGUGUUGGGCCAGAGGAUUCAUGGAAGUCCAGUCAAUGUCGAGUCAGGAAGCUAUUGGAGAAACCCUGCAGAGAUAUUGCUCGUCUGAAGGCACCCCACCUCUUCUCCUGCUCCCUGAAGAGGAGACCACUAACGGUCGGCGAGGCCUUUUAAAGUUCACUUCCUGGCCUUUCUCUCUGACUCACACCAUUCAGCCAGUGGCCUUACAGGUUACGAGACCCCUGAUUGCAUUGAACACACUGAACUCUGGCUGGCUGACGGAGCUCCUGUGGACCUUCUUCGCUCCAUGUACAGUGUAUCAAGUAAGUUGGCUCCCUCCGGUGUCGAGACAAGAUAGUGAGUCCACGCAGGAGUUUGCCAACAAAGUCCAGGAGCUGCUGGCCUGCGAACUGGGCCUGGUACCCACAACCAUCACAAAAGCUGACAAAGCAGAACACAUCAAAAGGAAAAGGCACACGACGCCACCGACCACCACCAGUGUCAGACCUGGGUCCAUGGGCCUGGGGUUCGUGGUUCCGGGGCUGGGAGCCGACGAUGGCAGGAUUGCGAAAAUGGCACAGCAGGUGAAGGACGUGCUGCCUCACAUCCCCCUGAACGUCAUCACCAGAGACUUGGUUAAAACAAAUUGUGUUGACACCACCAUUACUAAUCUGCUGGAGAACAAGGACGAAAGUCAGGCGGAAGCCUCCGGAACAUCAUUUGAAGCCCCUAAAAGCAGCUCGUAUUGCUCAACGUCGGCUGCUACCAUCAAGCCGGCUGCCAAAUGUUUUGGGAAAUCACCAGCUGACAGACACUUGUCUUUCCAGGAGAGAAAAGAAGCGCUUUAUAACUUUGCGAGAAGACGCUACAUCGAGAAACAUGGAUUGGAACUUGAGGACGACUCUCUGUGAACAACACCGUCACUGACAAGAAGGAAGCAUAAAUGAUUUGCUUUACUGUCUAAUUUGAUUGAUGAUUUUUAUAUGUCCAGGUCCCGUCGAACCUUUUCGUUUAGUGCAAGUAAUGGAGUGUUCUGAACAUGUAUAAGUUGUCGAUUAUGCAUGUUGUUUAAUUCUUCAUUCUGCCCGACACAUCAUUUUGAUAACGAUUUGUAUUACGAUCACUGAUGGGAAGCAUCUAUUUAUUUUUCUAUUGUCCAGAGUCAUUAAUGGAAAUAAAGUUCAGCUCCAAGUUUUCCUCCGUCUUUACU